AUGGCGUUUCUCGUUACAAGUAUACGCAGAUGCAUUUGCUUGAAGAGUUUUAGCAGCCCGAACAUUAUCCAAACUGCAUCAUACCAUGCCAAUGUGAUUGAUCAUUAUGAGAAUCCUCGUAAUGUUGGUUCUUUGGACAAAAAAGACAAAAAUGUUGGCACGGGAUUGGUUGGAGCCCCAGCAUGUGGUGAUGUCAUGAAGUUACAGAUCAGGGUUGAUGAAAAUGGCAAGAUCAUAGAUGCUAAGUUCAAGACCUUUGGUUGUGGAUCUGCUAUUGCCUCCAGCUCAUUGGCUACAGAGUGGGUGAAGGGGAAGACAGUUGACGAAGCUCUGAAGCUGAAGAACACAGAUAUUGCUAAGGAGCUGUCCUUGCCACCAGUCAAGCUACAUUGCUCUAUGCUUGCUGAAGACGCAAUAAAGGCAGCUCUGUCAGACUACAGGAUCAAACAACAAUCAGGAGAAAAGCAGUAA